CAGCAGUUCGAAGCCCUCAGCUGUAAUCCUGUUGCACAUCACACAUGAGACAGGAUGAAGAGGAGGAUGCUCACCACUCACCACCAUCAUCUUAUGCCUCAUCCGGCUAUCUUAGCUGGUUUGGAAGCGACUCAAUGGAGGCAGAGGGUGAGGAACCGGAACCGUCGCCAAAAACUACUUGGGACUAUUUCAGUUGGAUCAUUGGGGAGGAGGACCCUGAGAUGAGGGCGAUGAGGGAAAAGCAAGAGCGCUACGUCACCCAGAUCGUGGCCUUAGAUCGUGUCGUUGAACAAUGGCAUCACAAGAAGCUCAGCAAACAUGAGGCGGUCAUGCAUGCAGACUCUGUCUUGGAGAACAUUUGCGCCAUCGGCCUCAUCGACGGUGACGCCCUGCGCGCGCAUUUGCUUCGCCAUGGCUUCGACGAUGCACGCCGUUCGGAACUGCAGAGAUCCUACGAAAGCUUGAAACGAGAGUGUGGCCACAGGGUGCCACACUUUGGUUCCCAUGGCACUACCAUCUCCGUCCCCUUGUGCUGCUGACGGAUGACGGCUAGGACUCGUCCCAGGUGCCCACGCUCCUGGGAUCUCGGCACACUGAAUUCGCCCAGGAAGUGCGGGAUCACCGGAUCCACUUCCUGGUACAUAGAACGCUCCUCUGCCACUCUUCCGGGCAUUCCCAAAGGGAGUCCGCCCACAGGGGGGCAUAUCAUUGUUUGAACGGCCACAGCCAGAUGUAGAGAGCGUAAAGUCACAGCAAAGCCUUUAGAACGUUGAGCUUGGCAUCGGUUGAUGGAAGAAAGAGAUUGGCGCAGUUGACACGGG